GUUCAGACUUGAUUAUCAUGGUCGUUGGUUGCUCAGAGGAAAAGGAAAACAUAUGUAAUUUAUGCGUUCUUCACACAUCAAAAGAACCGGCACAGCCUGCGCGAGAGAUAACGUUCGCUCAGUGUUCAAAGGCACUGUGAGUGUCAGUGUCAUAACAUUUGACCAUUUCUGCCCUGAAACAAUUAGCUACAAUGGGAAUCAUAUCAGCCAGGUUUACAAGGGAAGCGGUAGAUGAUGAACAGUAUAAAUUUUGGUCUGCUGUGGCAUCGUCUUUGCGCCUUGGUUGGUUAGGGACCGAUGACAAGGAGAGGGAGCUGAGGGUGUGCCAACUUGCACUAUUUCCAAUGCUUAUGAAUGCAUCAGCUUUACAAGGGGACAUUGUUUCACUGCAAAGCCAUCUGAACGAGGGUGCAGAUGUGUGCGUUCCGGAUAAUCGCGGGAGGACUCCCCUACAUCUUGCAUCCGGUGAGGGUGAUGUGGAGACGGUCAAAUAUCUUAUCAGUAAAGGCGCAGAUGUCAAUGCCAGAGAUAAUUCAGGAGGAACCGCUCUUAUGGACGCAAUCCGUUUCAAGAAUUUUGAGGCAGUGAAGUAUUUGGUCUGUGAAGGUGCCACGUUAGAGAUGUCUGAGCUGGAGAUAGGGGCGGAGAUGUGUUGUCUUGCGUACCUGGGACAUACUGACCAGAUGGAGGCUUGGAAAUUAGCUGGAGUCAGCUUAAAUUGGACUGAUCUUGAUGGCAGAACUCCCUUACAUGUGGCAGUGUGCACGAACCAGGAAGACGUGGUGAGGUACUGCUUAAAGAACGGGUCAAAUAUUGAGCUCCGAGACAGGUUCAAUAACCGACCUGUGGACGAUGCACAGCGUUUGGGGUUGAAGAACCUUCUCAGGCUUCUCUACAUCAAGGCCAAGAGGCUACAGGAGAGUGCAAGCCGUGAUGUCACUGAAGCCGAGGAGGAAGAUUCUGACGUAGAUGAACUGGCCUCUGAAGAAGUGUAGCAUGUCACAACAUGGUGGUCUAUAAUAUAUUACACAAACUCCCAUCACAAAACAGAUAUAACCUAUUCAAAUGUUUUUAUUUGCAAAAGAAAAUGCCUCUGUGAUUUUGUAAGUACAUUCGCGGUUUUGAAUAGAGUCAAUAUAAUAAUAAUAAUAAUAAAAAAUAUUUAGAUGAA